CGGCGCGCCGCGAUCGCGCGACCCGGUCGCGCGACGAGAUGACGAUCGCGUCGCUCCGCCGCGCGUCUCCGCGCGCCGCGGCGACGCGCCGUGAACGCGCGACGACGACGACGACGCGAUCGCGCGGCGCGCGAUCGACGCGCGCGAUCGACGCGCGCGCGCGCCGCGGACGCGUCUGCGGCGGCGACGCACCGCGAGGAGACGUGCGAACGCGCGCGAAACCGCCGCAGCGCGACACGGGGAUCGCGAAAGAGGACGAGGCGUUCGAGGACGCGGACGACGAGGACGACGGCGCGGCGGGCGCGAGCGAGGACGGCGCGCGAGGCGGAAACCGGGAAACGUCGACGUCCGUGGAGGAGAAGGGAGGAAUGAAGACGACGCGAAAGCGAGGAUUCGAUCGUGGAGAAGGUGGGUAUCAGUCGAGGUGGUGGACGACGAAGAGAGAUUGCCCGGAUGGGCGAAGCGGAUCGAGCGAGACGCGGUGGGCGAAGUGCGAUUUUAGCGGUUACAAGGAGCUCGGGUUCGAGAAGAGCGGAUUUAACGACACGGGUGAGACGUGGUGGGAGACGUGGCGAGAGAUCUAUUGCCGGGAUGAUUUUACGGGCUGGUGGGAGCGGUACUACGCCAACGGCGCCGUCGAGCGAGGGGUGGAAAAGAGCGGGCGAGAGGUUCGACAGGCGUGGUGGGAGAAGUGGGGAGAGCAGUACGAUGGCGAGGGCGCGACGCUGAAGUGGACGGAUAAGUGGGCGGAGAACGGCAUGGGGAUGCGAUGGGGCGAUAAAUGGGAAGAGCGCCGAAGCAAGAUUGGCAGCGGACGCAAGAGCGGGGAGACGUGGCGCGUCGGUGAAGAUGGCGAACGGUUCAGCCGGACGUGGGGAGAAGUGUUAUCCCCCGAUGGUAGCGUGCGAAAGUUUGGGAACAGCACUACGGGGGAGAGUUGGGACACAACCGUGGUCGAGAACGUGUACUUUGACAAGAGCAAGCCGCCGACGUGGCAAGAGGUGUUGAGUUCGAGCGAACGCUUAAUGUCGAUAGAAUUGACGCCUGUGAGCCAAGACGACGACGACGACGACGAUAAGUGGUCGCUCGCGAGAAACGCGCCAUAA